GGAGAAACAGGUUUCUGGGGAUUCUAGUGGCAGUGAAACUGAAACUCCUUCACAACGUCAGUGUGUUUUAUUCUUUUAAUGGAAAAAAUACCUUGGUGACACUGAUGCUCUCUGGUAAAUGUGCUGAGGGUGUUCUGCCAAACUAUUCUGACGUAUGCGUUGGGCUUCUGAAAAUAGAAACGGACUAUUCUCCUUUCGCUCACAAGUGUGCACCAUAUACGUCCGUUAUUCUAAUAUUCAGCUUUAAUCACAACUCUGUGGUCCCUUAAAGGGAAAGUAGGUGAAAGGUUGCACGGCUCUGAGUUUCAUCCGGUGCUGCAGCAUGAUUCAGUUACGUAGCAAAAGACCUCACAGCACACAAGUUCAAGUCUGUCUAUGUUUGGUGUCCGGUUACAAAGAGAGGCAUGUCAUAGGUGAGGGAGGAAGAGGCAGAGGGGGGAGAGAGACCAGUGCUGAGGGAGAGAGGGAGACGACUCCCGUGUUCGUUACCUGGGUGAAGUCGCUCCAAGGACACGGAAGUGUCAGAAGACAGUUUCACUCAUUCAGACCACAGUUGGCUUUACCCGAGAUCAUUAGGCUCUGCCCUGACUAAAGUCAAACCUAAAAAUGGCGGAGGCGCAUCAGGCGGUGGGCUUCCAGUUCACUGUGCGCCCAGACGGUGUGGACAUCAAGCUGAGCCAAGAGGUCAUCAGAAACAUCUACCUGUCAGGAGUGACAGCGUGGAAGAAGAAAGCUAUUUUAUUUAAGAAUGGAAUCCUGGCUGGAGUCUACCCCGCCAGCCCGUCCAGCUGGCUGAUUAUUGUCAUCGCCAUGAUGAGUUCCUUGUACACACACGUAGACCUCUCUUUAGGAAUUAUAGAUCUGAUGAAGGACAACCUGCCAUGCAGAGACCGUAUGUCAGUGCAGACCAGAGCGGUGUUGAGCGCUGUUCUGUUCACCACUGGACUGUGGACGUUCCUCAUCUACCUCAUGAGAUACACGCUCAAGGCUCUUCUGUCCUACCACGGCUGGAUUUUUGAAUCCCAUGGGAAAAUGAGUACAUCAACCAAAAUGUGGCUGAACCUGGUAAAGAUGUUUUCUGGACGGAGGCCGCUGCUGUACAGUUUCCAGGCGGCCUUACCCCGGCUCCCUGUGCCUAGUGUGGAUGAUACAAUUCAGAGGUACCUUGAAUCAGUGCGCCCUCUGCUGGACAGCAAACAGUACGCCCAGAUGGAACUGUUGGCCAAAGAGUUUAAAGAGACUGAAGCAGCUCAGCUCCAGAGAUACCUGAUUCUGAAGUCCUGGUGGGCAACAAAUUAUGUGAGUGACUGGUGGGAGGAGUACAUUUACCUCAGGAGUAGAAGUCCCAUCAUGGUCAACAGCAACUUUUACAUAAUGGACCUCCUGUACGUGACUCCAACACACCGGCAGGCGGCACGAGCAGGAAACAUGGUCCAUGCUAUGCUGCUGUACAGACGCAAACUGGAGCGAGGUGAACACGCACCGCUGAGGGCUUUAGGGACAGUCCCAAUGUGCUCCGCUCAGAUGGAGAGGAUGUUCAACACGACCCGCAUCCCUGGAGUAGAAACAGACAUUGUGCAGCACCUAAAUAACAGAAAGCACCUGGUUGUCUACCACAAAGGCCGAUUCUUCCAAGUGUGGCUGUACAUUGGAGGACGCCAUCUCUCCCCCAAUGAACUGGAGACACAGUUUCAACGGAUCCUCAAUGACACAUCAGAACCCCAGCCAGGAGAACUCAAACUAGCGGCCUUGACUGCAGGCGAUAGAAUUCCGUGGGCUCGUGCUCGAGUGAAGUAUUUUAGCCAGGGAGCAAACAAAGCCUCCCUAGACGUCAUUGAAUCCGCUGCAUUCUUUCUGACGCUUGACGAGGAGCCGCGGGGUUACGACCCAGCGAAAACGAACUCGCUCGACAAUUACGCCAAGUCUCUGCUGCAUGGAAAAUGUUACGACAGGUGGUUUGACAAGUCAUUCACAUUGAUCUCAUAUCCAAACGGGAAGAUGGGUGUAAAUAUUGAACACGCUUGGGCUGACGCACCAAUCAUGGGACACAUGUGGGAGUAUGUUCUUGCGACAGACUGCUUUCAUCUUGGCUACACUGAGGAGGGACACUGUAAGGGGGAUGUGAGCGGGGACCUGCCGUAUCCAAACCGACUGCAGUGGCACAUUUCUAAGGAGUGCCAAGAUGUCAUUGAGAAGUCGUACCUGUCAGCCAAGCAGAUAGCCGAUGAUGUGGACUUUCACGGCUAUCUUUUCACUGAUUUUGGCAAAGGUGCGAUCAAGAAGUGCAGGACUAGCCCCGACGCCUUCAUUCAGCUGGCUCUGCAACUAGCCCAGUUUCGAGAUCAGGGUGUGUUCUGUCUGACCUACGAGUCUUCGAUGACUCGGAUGUUCAGGGAUGGACGGACGGAGACGGUACGCUCCUGCACCUCGGAGGCGGUGGCGUUUGUUAGAGCAAUGGAGGACACGGACGUAACAAACGCCCAAAAGCUCGUGCUGUUUCGGAAGGCAGCGGAGAAGCAUCAGAACAUGUACCGUCUGGCCAUGACCGGGUCUGGCAUCGAUCGUCACCUCUUCUGCCUUUACAUAGUGUCCAAAUACCUUGGUGUUGACUCGCCGUUUCUUAAGAAGGUGCUCUCUGAACCCUGGAAGUUAUCCACUAGCCAGACUCCGCAGCAGCAGAUCAAUUUAGUCGACAUCAACAAGUUCCCUAAUUUCGUGGGUGCUGGAGGUGGAUUUGGUCCUGUGGCUGACGAUGGGUAUGGUGUUUCGUACAUCAUUGUCGGGGAAAACCUCAUCACAUUCCAUAUCUCCUGCAAAUUCUCCAGUCCCGACACAAGCUCCUACAGGUUCGGUCAGCACAUCAGGAAGGCCAUGAUAGACAUUCAGGCGCUUUUCAAACCAGAGAAUGAUAAGAAGAUGGAGGAGAAUGGGAAGUGUGUGCUGCUGGUGAAUGGGAAGAAGCACAUGUGAGACAGGGGAAGACUUUUGCCAUCUUGUAUGUAAAAACAAAGUUCUGGCAGAAAAUUGCACUUGUUUCUGCUUUUCUGGUGAAGAGUUGGGCAUUCCACUCAGACAAAAGCAAGAACAUUUAUUUUACAUAUCAGAGUUGCUUUGUUUGCUCCUUAUGUCUAUUUUUCUGCUGCUUAUGUUAUUGGCUGUACAUAAAUCACAUUUAAUGUAAAAACUA